AUGAGCUCGUUUCGAGACAAAUUCCAUCGCCUGGACCGCGGAAGUGAUAGGAGCCGUGAGAGGGAACGGAGCCCUCGUGACCGCGACCGAGAUAGAGAUUACGACCGAGAUAGGGACAGGGACAGGGAGAGAGAACGCCGUGAGCGACACGACCAGAGACCACAUUUCAUGCGCAAAGAUUCAGGAUUUUCCGAUCGUGAUAACAGGGGAAAGGACGAUCGUCCUCUACCAUCCCGUCGUCAAGAUGGUGGUAUUCGAGUAUCUACUUCUUCCCUCGCCGGACAUCAGAGUGCAGCGUCAAGCCCAAGAGACCAGACGGUCCUAGACAAAGGCCAUUCAGGAGCCACCUCCUCGCCGAUUACAAAACAAUCUUCCACGUCGAACCCUCCCCAGGCCAAGGAUAAAGAUGCCGCUGAUAUUCUUAACUUGGUAUCCGAGCGAGCAGCAGCCUACAAGCAGUUCCACGAUGCUCUCGUUAGGGAGAAGAAGUGUCGUGAAUCAAUCGAAACUGUGGCCCGCUCAGAGUUCACAUCCGAAUUCAACUUGUUAAAGCAGACAUUGAAUCAAUCCAAGGAAAUCAGGACGAAAUAUCAACGCAAACUAGAUGAUUUGGACCACAAGUUCCCUGCCCUCCUUUAUACCAUAAUUGAUAGGCCCCGGAAAGCCACUACUACACCUACUUCUACUGCUCCGCCCGCCUCCAAAUCUGCAGAGACGUCUACGACUACGACUACAGCUACAUCUACGCCAACGCCGACGUCGACGACAGCAAACAUAACUCAACUUGAAAAUCGGCUCAAUUUAUUGCCAAAGUCGAUUGAGUUUUCUAUAACGAAGAAGAUGGACGACAAGGUUGAUGCCUUAGCAAAAAGGAUGGACGACAAGAUGGGCGACAAGGUUGAUGCCUUAGCAAAAAGGAUGGAUGAAAAGAUCGACGCGAUACAUUUGGAAAAGUCAACGCUGGCCCGUCGCCUAGAUGAGGAGACUUCCAAGAAUAAGGCGCUAGAGGAGAAGCUGCGCGAUGUCUCAGAACAGCUGGACCAAUCCAACAAAGCCAACUCGGAGCUUGCCUCUGAGUUUGGUCGUUUCAAAGAGGAACUUAAAAUUCCUGAACUUGAUGAACUCCGGCACACCUUCAAGAAGCAAGACCAGCGCAUGCUCACGAUAGAAUCAAAGCUAGAAAAGAGUGGGAAGGCUGCAGGUCCAGGAUACCAGGAAGUACUCAAGGUGCACUCCCAACAGUCGGAAGACCGGAUUAAGAAGAUCGAGACACUAGAUCGUCAGAUCGAGGCACAAAAUCGCCGAAUCGAAGCACAGGAUCGCCGAAUCACGGAAUCGAGAACUAAGCAGGAUCAAAACCAGAAUUGGACGAUGCAGAAGAUCGGAGCUCAUGAGGCUCGCAUCAGUCAGUUGAAAGCACAGCAGGAGACUGGUCAAUCGUGGGCGACACAGAUGAUCGAGGAUCAAAAGACUCACAUCGGUCAGUUGAAAGCACAGCAGGAGACUGGUCAAUCGUGGGCCAGGCAGAAGAUCAAAACGCAAGAGACCCGUUUCGACGAGUUAAACUCACAACGGGAGAGCAGUCGAUCAUUGGCGAAACAGAAGAUCGAUGAUCAAGAGGCCUGCCUCAAAGAGUUGAAGGCACAACAGGAGAACAGCCAAUCGUGGGCGAAACAGAUGAUCGAAACGCAACAGACCCGUUUCGACGAGUUGAGAACACAGCAGGAGAACAGCCAAUCAUGGGCGAAGCGGAUAAUCGAAACGCAACAGACUAGCUUCGACGAGUUGAAAAUACAACAGGAAAACAGCCAAUCAUGGGCGAAACAUAUGAUUGAAACGCAACAGACUUGCUUCAGCGAGUUGAAAACACAACAGGAGACUGAUCAGUCAUGGGCGAAGAGGAAAUUUCAAGGGCAAGAGACUCUAUUGGACGAGUUGAAGACACAACAGGAGAUUGAUCAAUCAUGGGCGAAGAAGAAAUUUCAAGAGCAAGAGACUCUCUUGGACGAGUUGAAAAUGCAACAGGAGACUGGCCCGUCAUGGGCGAAGGAGAAAUUUCAAGAGCAAGAGUCUCUCAUCAACGGGUUGAGAGCACGACAAGAAGCGGCUGAAUCACAUAUCAACGAUAACCGGCAGCAGCUUACCAACCUCAAGACAGAAGUUGUCUCCCACGCCCAGCAGUUAACGACGCAAACGCUCAUACCAAAAAGGGAUCCCGCCGUGGAUUCAUCACUCAAUGAAGGCCUACGCAACAAGUACAAAGUCAUGCAGGAUCUUUAUAAAGAAACUGCAGGAGAUCUCCGAAAUCUGGAGAAGAAGCUUGAUGAGCUGGGCAGCAAUUUUGAGCAAUUAAAGCGUGAUCCUCGACCCAAGUCGCUGACUCCAGCAGCGUCAAAUGAUGGAAACAACCCUCGAGGCUUCUCUCCUCGUAUGAAUGGCGAAAACUACAACCACAACUCGGACCUGAAUGCAACUGUUCUCGGGAUUUUGGAACCCAAGAUGAAGGAAUAUGACAGGAAGUCCAAGGACAAAUUUUCAGACAUCGCCACAAAGCUUGGUGCCUUUAUUGACCACCAACGCCAGCGAAUGGAGGAGAACGAUAAGAGGUACAAUUCCACAUUCGAUAGACACCAGAGAUCCAUUGACGAAUUGGUUAUCGAACUGUUGCCACUGAAGGACAAGCAGGUCAAAGAAUUCGAGGAUCUUUGGAAGGAGAUCAAUUCGCAAAAGGGUAUGAUUCAAACACAGAUGGCAGAUCUCGCCGUGACGCGGCAUCAAUUUCAAAACAAGUCCUCUGACGACUCGGGCCGUCUCGAUGACUUCGAGAUGCAGAUCUCCGACCUCAAGAUGUGGCAGGACAACUUCCGAUCAACGGAAAUGGUCAGAACCAUAACGAAUCAUAUCAGCAGCACGAUGCCGAAUAGUUUCCAUGCACAUAUAAAGGCCUUGUUCGAUCGAAUGAAUAGAGUGGAGAAGAUGGUAAUGGCUUCCAGCGACGGUGAUUCGAUCAAGAAGCGUAAGGUAUCCAGCGGCGCAGCCUUCGUGGUCAAUGGCACCCAAGAGCAGGCCGCACAUGGUUAA